AAAGGCUGGAGGAGGGAGGGAAGGCGCUUGUGCCCGGUGCUGAGUCACUGAAGUGACAGCAGAAGAGAACAUGGCUCAGGAGUACGUGGACAAAAAAAUCCAGCCGGACAAAGUGGUUCUUUUCGUCAGAGGGUCUUGUCCUUACUGUGUACUGGCCAAGAAUGUGCUGGAAAAUUUUGAUUUCAAGCAAGACAGGCUGCAGAUCUACGACAUUACAGACCAUCCCGAGAUGAGAGAGAUCCAAAACUACUUGGAAAAUAUAACGGGAGCCAGGACGGUGCCUCGAGUAUUCAUUGGGACUGAGUGUGUGGGAGGUGGUUCAGAUGUAAAGCAGCUGCAUGACACUGGAGUGCUGAAAGAGAAGCUGAUUGCCAUUGGUGCCAUAUCAUCCUAGGUAAGCCUCAAUAGGUAUCCAAGGACAGUUCAACAAACUAUUACAUGAGAAUACAACGAGAUCUCCCCGAGUGAACAUGGUGUCUGUAUUCGGUCAAUUCCUGCAAGUAAGAACUUGAGGGCCAUCUGUGACUUUCCACAAAUGCUUGUUCUUCGUCUGCACAUAAAUGUAAUAAAGAAUAACAGAAUUAACAA